AAAUUCAGAGACAGAUAAACUGACGGAAAGAUGGCCGCCAUGUUUAAAGAUCCAGUUGUAGUGAGAUGCCGAGUAGUCAGACGAGUCAGAGCAGACGGCAGUCAACGAAAUUCGGCUCAGCAGGCUUCUUCGUACGUCGAAAAUGGAUGAUAGUGAGAAUACAACUUCGUUUGAUGAUCGAAGUGAGGCGUACUCAGAAGUAUCUGCGAGGGACUGUUUAGCCGAGGGCAUAAUUGGCCUUCUGCUUCCAACUGUCGAGCAAAUAGACGAGCGUGUGAAGUCCACAAGGUGCGUGUCUCAGCUGCUCAUCAGACAUUUUCGGGAAUGCCCAGGGAUCAGUCAGCUAGAGCUUCGUCAGCAUAUUGACACCUUGGCAGAGGACCUUCGUGCAUUGUCUGAAAAGCAGCAGAUACCAUAUGACCUUGACAGCUAUGUCAAGAAACUUGUAAAUGCGAAAAGGAGGGUAGUUCUCGUCAACAGUAUUCUUCAGAACACCCAGGAACGACUGAACAGAAUUAACCAGAGCAUCACCCGUGAAAAUGAGAGGCGUACAGCACUUUUGGAGCCACAAGUUUCUACGCCAAGUGAAGGACAGUAAUGCGCAGCCCACUGUUUUAUAUCACAACAUUCCUAAAGAGCAGUGAUAUUGCUUCCAGAUGAGUAUUUUGUAUAGCUUAUGAUAAGCAAUGUUGGUUCCUUACAAAAUAUGGACAUGUUUAACGCACACUUUUUAUCAUUUUGUUUGCAGCGCACAACAGUAGCAGGAAACUAUGUUAGUUGUAAUGUUAUGUUUUAGUUGUGUACAGUCAAGAUACCUGUAACAUGUAUACUUUCUUUACUUUGAAAUAGGACUGACAAACGAAUCAAUGAAGAACGGGCUACAUGGUCACAGUACUCGUGAACACGUUUUGGAAGGUUCUGAAUAUCCUUGUGUAGAGAUGCUCAUUCGUGUUGCGGGAAUGCUACAUUGCGCAGUUGUACUACAUCUCCAAGAAAUCUAGGUUGCAUCCUCUGGUUCUGCUCAUAAUAAUGCGUUAGUAUUUGGACAAGUUUUAGAAAGAAACAGUUAUGCUAUUGUAAUAACGUGUAAAUGUUCUAAAAUAAAUAUGCAAUGUCCAUUCAGAGUUUGCACCUUGUCAAAAGUUAGUGGCAAAAUGCUAGGCUGUAUAUUAUGAGAUGGAAUAAUUGGAAGCGCAAACCAACGGGACACAAGAGAAGAGACAAACAGCCAUUAUGAAUUUGUACCAACUAGCCCGCCUGUCAACCCUACUAUAUAUUAUGAGCUCUUCCCUACUACUGUCAGCAUCAAAAAGUAAUCUCGAAAUAUAAUAUAUGCAGAUAUUUAUGUAAAUUAAAUGUGAAAUAUUUUUUCUCUUGCUGCUAAGUCAAUUAAUGCUGCCUUUUUGUGUUGGAAAGUAAAACUUUCGUAUAUUUGCCAUGAAGCCUUUUUUUCUCUGGCCUCAUAUUCGCACAAUUAUACCUUUAUUCUGGCUCUUCUUGUUUUCUUGAGCAGAAUAAAUUUAUGUACUUUGCAAAAAGACUCUAGGGGUUCUUGGCGCUUUCUAAGAAUGUGAAAGUCUACUUGAACCUUCUGUUGAUCUGCUGUUGAAAUUUUUGGAUACGUGGUAAAACGUGUGAUGAACACUGUCACACUGCUGAAACUGAUGUCUGACUUAGUGCUGACAUUCCGUUCGACUUUGUGAUAGAAUUUCUUCAGACUAUACGUAUUGAAAUUUGGCUAGACUUUAUGAUAGCCGACCGAAGAACUGCUCAUUCACUGUCAUAUACAGUCUUCUGACAUUUAUGAACUGUCGUAUUGAUGUUCAUAGAACUUUGCAAUACCUUCUGCCAGAGCUGUGUGGAACUGAUGCUGUACUAUGAUCACAAGCAUUGAAGUGUGUAAGCUCUCAAACCACUUUCUCUUUAAUAAAUUGCAAUUAACUCAGAGCA